CCAACAACUCGACCCUAAAUACGAAAACAAUAAAAUUUCAUAGAAAUGGGUUCGUUCGGGAUGCUAUCGAGGAGAGCCUUGGGCACCGAAGUCCCCGUCAUGACUCAGAUUCGGGAACUAGCGGCCGAACUGACCAACCCCAUGUCUCUCGCCCAGGGAGUGGUGUAUUGGCAGCCUCCUCAAAAGGCCUUAGACAAGGUCAAGGAGCUUGUCUGGGAUCCUGCUAUUAGCUCUUAUGGUCCUGAUGAAGGUUUGCCUGAGCUACGAGUGGCUCUUCAAAAAAAGCUGCGUGAAGAAAACAAGCUUACCAAAUCAGCUGUGAUGGUUACUGCUGGUGCCAAUCAGGCGUUUGUGAAUCUAGUCCUUGCACUAUGUGACCCCGGUGAUUCGGUUGUCAUGUUUCAGCCAUACUACUUCAAUGCCUACACGGCCUUCCAGAUGACUGGAGUCACCAACAUCAUCGUUGGUCCUCGUCAUCCACACACUCUCUAUCCCGACGCAGACUGGUUAGAGAGGACGCUCUCUGAUUCUAAACCGACCCCAAAAGUUGUUAGUUUAGUGAAUCCUGGUAACCCAAGCGGCACCAAUCUCCCUGAACCUCUCCUCAAGAGGAUUUCAGAUAUAUGCAAAGAUGCUGGGUGUUGGCUUAUUAUAGAUAACACAUACGAGUAUUUCAUGUAUGACGGUUCAAAACAUUGUUGCGUUGAGGGAGACCAGGUUGUUAACAUCUUCUCCUUCUCUAAAACCUAUGGCAUGAUGGGUUGGAGGCUUGGAUACAUAGCAUACUCAGAGAACUUAGAUGGGUUUGCGGCAGAGCUUUUGAAAAUUCAAGAUAACAUCCCAAUAUGUGCCUCCAUAAUAUCUCAGCGACUGGCUUUACACGCUUUAGAGGAAGGUGGUGGGUGGGUAAGAGAGCGGGUAAAGGGUCUGGUGAAGAACAGGGAGAUUGUUAAAGAGGCCCUUGAGCCGCUGGGGAAGGAGAACGUCAAGGGAGGAGAAGGAGCGAUUUACCUGUGGGCAAAACUACCGGAGGAACACAGAGAUGAUUUCAAGGUGGUGAGGUGGCUGGCUCACCGUCAUGGUGUGGUGGUGGUCCCGGGGUGUGCAUGUGGUAGCCCAGGGCAUGUCCGUGUUUCCUUUGGAGGGUUGAAGGAGGAGGAAACGAGGGAGGCUGCAGAGAGGCUGAGGAAAGGGUUAGAGGAGCUGGUUCACCGUGGAAUGGUGGAAUAAAAUGGUUGCUUUGCGUUGUUGUAUUGAAGUUAUUAAUAGAGCCUUUUUGAAUAAAUAAAGAGUGUUUCGACUCUUCAUCGACCACAAAAGUCAUUUGUAUUGGGAUGGUGUUCCCUUUGGUUUUGUGUAUACAUCCAUCGAUUCAAAUGAUUUCAUCUUUUUUUUUGGGCAAA